AUGAAUAACAUAAUAUCCUGGAGUGUGGAGGACGAAGCAGUUAUUGCGACCAAUACUGAUGCAACAGAAUGUAAGAGAUGUGCCGUGGAACUGGGGUAUUGGAAAGACGAAUAUAUUACCUAUUUCGCGAAACAUGUUGACAGAAAAGCACCUGAAAUUAAUCGCGGCUACUAUGCCCGAGUGAAAGCAAUAGAAAUGUUUAUCCAUCAGUUCCUGGAGAGGUGUGGUACUAAAUGCCAGAUAAUAAACUUGGGCUGUGGCUAUGAUACACUCUACUGGCGGUUGAAAGACACCACACAGGCAGUUAGUAACUUUGUGGAACUGGAUUUCCCUUCUGUGAUUAGCAAGAAAUGUCAUACCAUUAAACGUAAUAAGCAACUGUUAGAAAAAAUUUGCAAUGAAGAUGGUGAAAUAGUCUUACGUUCUGGAGAUUUGCAUGCUGACGGGUAUCAUCUUGUUGGAUGUGAUUUGUCAAAUGUUCCGGAGACCGCACGUAAAUUGGCCGCGGCAGGUGUUAACACUGAUUCACCAACUCUGGUAUUAGCCGAAUGUGUGCUGGUGUAUUUGCGUCCAGACGCUGCUGACGCAUUACUGGCACACCUCGCUUCUUCGUUCCCGCGACUUCUACUGCUUUUGUAUGAGCAAUGUAACCUGGAUGACAAGUUUGGAGAGGUGAUGGUGCGCAACUUAAAUCUUCGCGGCUGCAGCCUAGCAGGGGCAAGGCAGUGCGGUAAGCCCGAGGCUCAAGCGCAGAGGAUGCUCGCAGCAGGUUUCGAAACAGCUCGUUGCUGGGACAUGCGUGCGGUGUGGCGCGCUUUGCCCGAGGAAGAUCGAGCACGAGUUGAGGCUAUUGAAAUGCUAGAUGAGCGCGAGUUGCUGCACCAGCUCCACGCCCACUACGCUAUCACUGUGGCGACGCGCGGGGAACUCUUCGCCGAUAUCGACCUUAACUGCUAG